AUGUAUGAACCUCUCAGUUUGAGUUGGCGGAAUCGCAUCUCCUCCUUGAUUACUAGACCCAGGCGAUCUCCUCGACAUGUUCCGUGCGCCACCAGCCCUUCCUUGCCAGCACGCGGCAUCCGCCUUUUCCAUCGUCUCUCUCAACCGCGAUCUUCUCCCUCUUGCGACACCGACAAUGAAUCAUUCUACCGCUAUUCGGGCGGCCGCUGGCUGUGGGACGAAGAGAAACAGCUCCAGGCUCGGUACAGGCAGUUCAACGUACCGGAGCUCCAACGCCUUGCGGCCAAGAGCGUCGGAGCGCAGGCCUGCGUGUCCAUGGUAAAACUGGCCGAGGGCGGGUUCAACAGGGUCUUUCGACUUGUCAUGGACGACGAAUCCGUUGUUAUUGCGCGGAUCCCAUAUCCCAUCGCGGGACUUGCGUUCAGGAGUACUGCGUCAGAAGUUGCAACUAUGGAUUUUGCUCGCACCGUUCUCAAGAUCCCAGUUCCAAAGGUUUUGGCAUGGAGCGGAUCGUCCAAGAACCCCGUCGAGUCGGAAUAUAUCCUGAUGGAGGAAGCCCGUGGAACACCUCUCUACAAGGUGUGGGAAGGCCUGGAACUCGGCGAGAAGUUCAAGAUUGUCGACGACAUCGUGGACAUUGAGAAGAAACUCCUGUCAAUCUCAUUUACACGGUCAGACAUCCUCAUGAGCAAGAGCUGA